AUGGCUCAAGGUCUGACUGCGGCUCUGCAGUCAGUUCCGGCGCCGAGUGUAGCCCUUGGGCUCACGAGCACUCUGACAGAGCACGAGAAGCAACAGAUUGAGGGAUGCAAGAGAAUUAUUCGGUUUCAAGAUGAGGUGUUGUCAGGGACGCACCCGAGGAUCAAGGCGCCGGCGUAUCGACUCGCCUCGAUACAGAACAGCGAGCCUCAAAGUCCCGCGUCCACGUCUACUGCAGCUUCGUCUGGCCCCGUCGUGUCAGUACCAAACGCCCCAAGGGGCCCGAAGGCGUGGACCGCCAAGGUCAACGGCGCCCAGGUCACAGACAACCAUCGUUCCUUCAAUUCGAACGCGCAGCAUACUGUGGCGUCCGCGACCAACCCAACUCCUGCGCGUCUGCCAGGCGUCGAGCUGCCGUCGAAUCUUUCGAGUAGCAUGUCUGGCGUUCCAGCUGGUCCCAAGGCCAGGGAUGCGGCACGUCCCAGCGAGAAUGCAGCGACUGCGCAAUUCGACCCCGUACUGCUGACAAAGUCUGAGGACCUGAUCAAGGCUGAGCUCCAGAUUCAAAGGAAGCAUCUCGAGCGUGCUUUGAAUGACCAAGUCCAGCAGCAACGUGUCGCAGCCAAAGCAUCGCAUAGUGACGAUGCGCUUGCUGAUUUCGACCUCGCCGAGGUCCUGAUGAAGGCCCUGCAGCUGGUUCAAUCAUCUGCUCCACUACAGACUGAUGCAAAUUUAACAGCUAACGCAAGUGGCGCGGAUAGCGAUUCCAUUGGUGAUGACAGCACCUUCUACUCUAGCAAACACGAUACUCCAGAGUCCCAUCUUACACACCGCAUCCCCGACCCUGACGAGUCUGACGCAGCGCAGCAGGCGCGCGAGGAAUCUCACUAUGAACCACCGAUGGUCAUGGAAGCCAGCCCAGUGCCUGUCCAGCCGCCCGUGGUAGCCAUGCCAGUCCCUGCAGGCCCGAGUGUCAAUACCUCCGAAGCGCAGCGGCUUCGCCAUCCUCGCGUCUUCGAGCCGACCCUCGACGACCGUACAAGGCCCAUCACACUCGAUGGGAGGAGUCAGCCAAUUGACGGGAUGGCAAUGGCGCAAGAGGCAGCUAGCGUGCCCAUGGAAAUAAUCUCGUCCCAGGACAGUGAAGAGGCAAACAGUUCGAGAGACUCGGGACUGGCAGAUGGAAAGCAGUACAGCUCGCAGGGCCGUUUGGAGUCUGCCACUGGCCAGCUCAUCGAGCAAGCCUUUGGCCGCCGUCGCUCUCCGAUCCUCCGUGCACAUAACCUCUCUCCAUUGGCUCCUCAGCCUGCUCAUGUCUCCCCUCUGGCACAUGCUCAUCGGCCUCCAGCCCUCCCGCAAGAUGCUCUAUCGGCUCAAGCAACUCCCGCACAAGUUGCAGCGCUUAGAAACGACCGCUCUAACGGUUCCAGUCCUGAGAGCUCGCCACAGGGCAGGCCCAAUAAGAAGAAUAAAAAGGGCAAAAAGAGAAAGGCUGACCGCACGGUCGCGAACAACGCGGCGGCGGCGGUAGCAUCUCCAGCUAUCAAAGCUGAGCCUCGUUCACCAUCUCCUCUGACAGCUCCACAGUAUUCCAGACCCGCCAAACGCGUGAGGCAGGCACCGCGACCAGGCCAAGAGCAAAUUUUCGAUGAGCCACGCGUUGAGGAAGUUGUGGAGAGCCCUCAUGCAUCUAGCUAUUCCAGGUACAGAAGCGAUAGGGGCUCUGCGUAUGGUAGUCCACUGGGGCCGCGUGCUCGCCAGGAUGCUCAAAUCCUCACAAUAACGGAAUCGCCUAGAUACGAGCAACAGUAUCGCGAGGACGUUCGCCCAGUCGAGCCGGUGCGGUAUGUGCGGCGUAUCUCGCCUGGCGCACAGCCUCAUCCUUACGCAUCAGGUGAGGUGAGAACCUUCAGAUCAGUUUCCCGUGCGGGUGUGGACCGACCACUCGCAUUUCAAGAGGCUCGAGAUCCGCCACGUACAAUCGUGCGGCCGGUUGCUGAUCGUGAUCGAUCACGCUCACCGAUUCUCAUCGACGAACGGCCGCAACCUGUGAUGAGGCCCCCGCAGAUGCCUGCUUCGAGGGUGGUGGUUGAUGAAUUCGGUCGUGAGUACAUUGACCCGUCUUCGAGACAGGAGUCGGUCAUUAUUCGGCGCUCAGUUGCCCCUCGACCGGUGUACGAGGAUAGGGACGACUACUAUGACCCUAACAGGACCACGACAAGAGUCAUUCGGCGUUCUGUCGCCCCCGCAAGUGUCUACGGUGAGCCUGAGAUUGUUUACGAGCGAGGGCAUCCCCUUCGUGCAGCAUCCACCUUGCCAGGACCGAGCCGCUAUGAUGAUGAACUCGUCUACCGAAACCCGGCUUCUUCAGCUGGGUACACCACCACACGACGAAUUAUCACACGUUCAGAGUAUGCGCCCGAGUACCGCUACUACCGCGAACGUGACUACCCCGCCCAGCCUUCCAGUCAACCGAGCGCUGAAUUUUACGGGCUGCGGGCUACACAAGAGCCCCGACCGCCGAUGGGUGAUCCACCACGAGAAUACAUCGUGCGGUCCACCACUGUGCGGCCGGAAGCAUCCACGCGGCCUGAGGGGGUUCGGAUGUCGAGCGUACGGCCAGAGCACGUAACUGGUGAUUAUGGUUCAUCAAUCGUACUGGAUGAACGGCUGCCUCCGCCUCGCGCGUACAGUGUGCGCCCAAUGGCUCCUCCUCCGCCUCCGCAGCAACCGCAGUAUGUGCGUCAGUGGCCUGAGUAUGAGGCACGACCCGCUCAUAGCGGGCAAGAUGCCAGGGGUGAAGACGACGGGGUGGUCUAUGUCGAUACCGUGUCAAGAGAUGCCUACAGAUGA